UCGGGGUUGAGGAGGGAGGGGGAAGGUGGCCGUGAUGGCGGCGGCGGCGCGGGGCCGGGCCUUGGCCUGGCUCUGUCUGCUCGGCCUGGCGGCGGCGCUGGAGCAGGUGCCGCUGCUCGCCUGGUCCACGGACAGCUCGCUGUGGCCCCCCGAGACGGCGGCGCCGUGGUCGGGGCGCGUUUUGGGGGCGUCGGAAUUGGGGGCUCUGCUCGAUCCCGCGCUGCGACGCGGCCCCCAAACCGUCCUCCUGGUGCUGCAGGAGCAGCUCUCUUUGGAGGAUUUUACGGCUCACGGGGACGGAGCCUUCAGCCAUUUGCAGGCGGCGCUGGGGGGCGCCGGGUCGGCGCUGGUGCUGCCGGCGGUGGCCGAGGGGGCGGUGGGGGCUCUGCCCCACGGCGUGGCCGCGGCUCUGGGCUCUGCCCCACAGCGCCUCGACGGCGCCCCACGGCUCAACGCCUCCGCCCCACCCGCACUGCUGCUGCUGCGCCUGCCCCACAGGUCCGGGUUGAUGUCCACCAGAGAGGCUCUGACCAAUAACGACGCGGCGCUGGGGGAGGUGUUGGCCGCUCUGCGGGAGGCGGCGCUGCCCCACACGGCCCUUCUGACCGCCCCACGGCGCCCACCGGCCCCCCCUCCCGCCGUGGGGCUGCCCGUGGGUCGCGGUCGGGCGCUGUUAUGGCGGGAGGAGGCGUCGGUGCGGCCCCCUCUGCAGUGGCCCCGCGGCGGCGCCGCCGUCACCCCCAAAAUGCUGCUGUGGGCCCGGAACGUGACGGUGACGCGCGGGCGGCUGCGCCGAGACCUCACCGACGCCACCUUCGGCGACGCCGCCGCCGUCGACCUGGGCGGAUCCUCCUGGAGUCCCGACGAGGCGCGGUUGGUUCUUCGCUAUGACGACGUCUUCGGAUCCACUCUCAAUAUCACGUUUGUGCUACGCCAGCGCUGGUUCCCGGUUUCGGGGCGCCCCUGGUUUUGGCUGUCAGAGAUCGCGAUGUCGGAAGGAGGGGGGCCCCCCGUUAUUUUUGGGGGGUCCCCAGGGGGGAUCUCGGCACCCACUCCCCUCUCGUGGCGCUGCGAGGAGCUCGAGGCCCCCGGGCCGUGGCUGCGCCUCCAGGGGGACCCCAAAAACCCCUCCCCGUGGAGCCUCCGGCUGCAGGACCUGCAGGUCCAGGCUUUCGGGGUGUCGGGUCUAUCCUUCGCGGACGCCUCGGACUGCGCGGCGUUCUUCUCGCCGGGGGCGUGGAUGGGACUGGUGACGGCGGCGCUGUUGGGGGGAGGGCUGCUGGUGGGGGGGGGGCUGCUGCUGCGCCUGCGCACCAUGGACCGCUUCGACGACCCCCGGGGACCCCCCCUGCCCGUACCCCAAGGGGAGUGACCCCCCAAAAAGCCC